GAAGAAAGUUUAUAUUUAUAUGAAUAUUGAUUGUUCUCAUUUGCUGGGGUGAGAGCAAUUCCUUUUUAAAUUAAAGUAAACAUUAAUUCAGUGUUUUAAAUUUACUACUCCCAUAAAAUGCCACGAAUGUGCUGUGUGGAUGGAUGUUCUACCAGAGAAGGUACAAACAUAUCUCUAUUUCAUUGUCCCAAAGAUGAAAUUAGAUGUCAACGUUGGAAACAAGCAUUGGGAUUUGUAAACAGUCAUAUUUAUGCUAAUAUGACUCCUGAACAAUUCAGUUAUAAAUUAAGAGUGUGCGAAUUACAUUUCCCCGAAGGAAGUUUUAUAAAAAAUAAUUGUAGAAAGAAUCUGCAAUAUAACGCUGUCCCAUCAUUGAAUCUGAAAAAUAAUAUGGCCCCAGUACUAACAGCAGAUGUGUCAACCCAAACAAAUAUCCAGGAAGUAAUGCCGAAUGGUCAAAAUGUACACGAAUGUAAAGAAAAAUGGAAAAACAUAAGAUCGGCUUUUGUUAGAAGUUUGAAGCCAUCACCAGGAUCAUCAAAAAUAAAAAGGCCCUAUUACUUACACGAUCACUUACGUUUUAUUCUUCCAUUCGUGAAAACUGUGAAUUCCAUUGAAUCCGUGAAGGUUGAAUGUCCUGACGAUUAUUCUGAAAAUCAAGAUUCCAUUCCAGAUGAUACAGAUGAACAGGAAAUAUAUGAAGAAGCUCUAUCACCCUUACCAUCAAUUUUAAUUGACGAUAAUCAGUUACUUGAUGUUACCACAGAAUCAUCUCCAAGUAGGAAGAAAAGGAAACUAGAUUCACCAUCUUACGAAUUUGAAUAUAAAAAGCCACGGGUUAUUGAUGAUGAAACUGCAAUUCACUAUUUUCUUCUUAGUUUAAUACCAGAUUUGAAAGGUCUAACUGAAGCUCAACUACGAAAUUUUAAAAUAAAAUCAUUGUUAUUGAUACAGGAGAUGAAAGAGAAAAAUGAGCCCAAUAUCAAUAACCCUCUUAUAUUAACGUGACACUUGUGAAAUGUUGAAAUUUAUAUCAUUUAUUUAAUAUACUCAUAUCUACUAAUAGGUAGUCUGCUGAAAUUUCAUUUAAUAGAUAUAUGGAGACAUAAAGAUAGAGAUAUGUCUAUAUCGUGUACAAGGAUGUUGAAAUAAUGUACUAGGAUGAAAGUGUCUUGUUAACUGAAAUAUACUAAUCUUAU